AUGUCAUUGCAGUUCGUCCCACGUCGCGUGGCUCGCAAUCAACCCAAAAGGGCUCCUCUCAGCGCAAACACGCGCCAUGACGGAUCCGUGGUCGCACAAUCCAACAGUGCACUAUCGGCGCAUUCGGAUCCCACACAGACUGCAGGGGAAGCCGUGCUUGCCCUCAUGCUAAAAGUCAAGGUGCUCGACUCUGACUGUUCUUCAAACGAGUUGAGCAUGGACAGUAAAGCCAACAUCGUGGCGCAGCUAGAGAAGAUUUGUCCACGAAGCGUAUCGUACGUAAGGUUUCUGGGAGAAGAAAAAGAUCAGGACGACGAGGUUGCGCAAUCCGAAUCAGAAAAAUGGGUGGGUCGCAUUGGAUGUGCUACGGUGUGCAACCACUCCACUCAACACUAUAGGGUGUGCUGACAGGUUUUGUCUCUGCUUUCGCAGCUUCUGAUCCGGGCAAGAUCGAGAUGCGCAGCUGAAGAUCUGCUCGCGAGCAGCAGCACCGUGUCUGAGACUUGCACAUCUGAGCGCAAGCCCUCGAUCGAAUGGCGCAGCAUUCGUCGUCCAGCUCCACACGAGCAAGCAUCCAUCUUGCAGCAGCUUCCUGCACGAGUGCUCAACUUUGCCAAACGUCGAGCAGCCGAAGUAGAUGCGCUCGCAUCUCGCUCAGAUACUGCUACCCAUCACGCAAAACGUCCCCUUUCCACCGUCGACCAUCAUAACGACGUCACCUCGGCUUCAGCUUCAAUGUGGCUACAGAAACGUCGAGAGACGCGUCGAAGAAAAGUGUACAAUAGGCGCAGACGGAGGAAAGGAGUCGGAUCGUCUAGCACGGAAGACCAUGCAGUCGCAGAUGUUCAUUCAGCUCUUCAACCCACAUGA